AACAACCAUUGUUUGGUUAAUUUAGCUAACAACCACGCUCAAGUAGGGUUUGUUUACGUUACGUCUUUACGCCCAAUGCCUCAGCCAAUCACUUAUCGCGAGUAAAAAGGCGGGACUCAAAUCAACCAAUGGAUGCAACGAACGCCAAGCAUCUUACAGUACAGUAGCACAAGACAAGGGUUUCCAUCAAGACAAGAGGCACGAAAGUGAAUGAAGAAAUGAAAGCCAUGUCUCCUGAGGAUCCCUUCCAGGACUCUUUAGACGAUGAUCUAGAUGGCUUCUCAGAGCCUGGGAGAGGGAGCAGGAUACGCAGCAGCGUCUACACUAAAACCCUUGAGAUGGAGAGCAACUAUUAUGGAGACUAUGGUGCAACCAUGAACAAAAGUCCCCUGUUGAAAACAUUGAUGGAUGCCGAAGCAGCGGCCAAUUCUGCAGCCAUACAGCUCAUGUCAUUCAAGGAGACACUGGAGGACGAUUUUGCCGACUCAAGACACUCUGCUUCUGAUAACCGGCGGAUGUCAAGGCAGAGAGGCCUUCUGCUGGAGAAGUUGGAGGUUUUUAAACAGAUAAACAAGUCUGUUCGACAGCAACUCCAAGACCUGAAGGAUGCAGAGGCGUCUCGAAUGGAGACAGACAAACACAUCGAUCUCUUACUAAAGAAGCUAACACAAGCUGAGUGUGAUAAUCUGUAUUUGAAAGGAGAUUUGAAUGAUAAAGAAAAAAUUGUAGAAGAACUGAUGGGUUUGCGGAAGAAAGAAAUGGAGUACACAGAGAAUGCGGUCCAUGCUACCAAGUCUGUGGAGACCACACGUGCUCAUCUGCAGGGCCAGCUACGCAGCAGGGAGGCCGACAACAACCGUCUCACUGUGCAGCUCCGGGGUUUGGAGAGGCAGUUGAUGGCACAGAAGAUGGAGAUAGAUAGUCUGAGGGGGGAGAUCUCUGGUGUUUCGGAGAAGGCAGCGCAGGAGAAAGAAGUCCUGAAGAAGGCCACCCGCGCCCAGAAACGGAGGGCCCAGAGGUUCGAAGCUGCUGUGGAUAAAUGCUACACGAAGCUGAGGGAGAAAGAUGUUCAGCUGGCUGAUGUUCAUUCAGAGAGGGACACAUGGAGGAGACAACAGGAGCAGAAGACAGAUGAGGGAGUGCAGCUUGAUGCACAGAUAGGACUGCUAAAAGGCCAAAUAGCAGACAUUACUAUGAAGCUGCAGAAAGAGAGGGAUGAAUUCGCUGCUGCAAAUGAGGUCUUACUCCUAAAAGUGGAAAAACUCAACGCUGAAAACAGAAACAUUGGCCUUGAGAACGCAACCCUCAAGGCGUCCAUCGCUGGGCUGGAACUGCAGCUGGUCCAUUCUGAAGCAGCCCUGAAAGAGGAGAACACUAUCUUACAGGAGAGGAAAGACCAAGCAGAACAGGAUCAGAGUCAGGUGGCAGAGCUUCAAAUGGAGGUGGAUGAUCUGAGAGUAAAGUUGGAGAGUGUUCUGAGGGAAACAGAGAACAUCAGAGAAGGAAGAGAGGCAGAAGUGGAGAAGGUGGAGAGCCAAGGGGAGAAGAUGAGAUCGUCAUUGGACAUGAAAGAGUCUAUCCACGAGGCUAACUCACAGCUACAGCAGAAAGUGGAUGCUCUUCAAAAGCAGAUGGAAGAGCUGCAAGGGGAGAACCAGGGGCUGGUCCGUAGGCUGGCAGGUCAGGAGGACGCUUUACGCUAUAGCAGCAGGCACCUAGAACAGCGCUCAGCAGACUGCCAGGCUCUCAACAGAGAACUGGAGGCCGCUCUGGCCGACGUCAGGCAACAGGUGUCCAAAGUGAAAGACAAAGCUGUUUCCAGAGAAAGUUCCUUUCAGACUAAAAUCCAGGAACUGGAGGAUGAGAAGAGCAGGAGAGCGAAUGAGCUGAAACAGAUUAAACAAAGCAAUCAGUUGGCUGAGAAGAAGUUUGAGGUGCGUCUGAAGGACCUGCAACUCAGCCUGGACCAAUCAGAGAGCCACAAGCAGAGCAUUCAGAACUACGUAGACUUUCUCAAGAACUCUUACGCCACCAUGUUUGACGAAGGACUACCACCGGCAACGUCUAGCUUUGGAUCAUCCUACUUUUUAAAAUGAUAAUUACUCAGAUAUGUGUGUUUGUGGUGUGUUAUGUUUUUAAUAAUGUAUGUGUUUUGGAAAACAAAUGAAUUUGCACAUUGAUUCAUGUUCGAUAAAGAGUCCAUGUUUAUUUUUAUAUCGAUCAGUAACUACUUUUUUCCAUUAUAAAUAGAAUUUCAAUAAAGUUGAUAAUGGAUAUUGUA